AGGUCAUCGACCAUCGGUGAAGAUGGGAAAUGUAUCCGAUUUUUUUUCAAAAAAACGAAGACAAUUUCCCAGUAAUUCAACGUUUUCAUAUAUUAUGCUAGAUUUAAAUAGCAGAGAUUAGGAGUGGCUAUUGUCUAUUGGAUUCUCAGAAACACUUUGGGAAACAUGUAAAAGAUCCUGGACUGUGGCAAGAGGAAAUGUAAUGUUUGGAUGACCUAGCUUCUGUCAGAUGAACCUGAACCGUGGCUCGGACAUGGAAUGUGUUAGGAGAACGCAGAGAAUGUCAGAAUGACGUGGAGAGUCAGGAGAACGUAGCGAGUGUCAGGAGGACGUGAAGUGUGUCAGGAAGAAGUAGAGUUUGUUGGGAGGACGUGGAGAGUGCCAGGACGAUGUGGAAAGUGUCAGGAUGAUAUGGAAUGCGUGAGGACAUGACGUUUGUAAGGAAAGCAUAGAGUGCGUGAGGAAGGCAUAAAAUGCUUGAUGAAGGCAUGGAAGGAGUAAUGAAAGCAUGGAGUGCGGGAGGAAGGCAUGAGUGCAUGAGGACAGCAGGACGGAGCCGGAGGAACGGGAGCGCCCCACAGAAGAGCGAGCAGUGUGGGCUAUGUCACCGUGGAGGGUGUAUGUUGCGCCUCGCGCUCCCCGACAUGACUGAAGGCAUCUGCUUCUCACCCCUCUCUUGCCUAUUGGCUCCUCUGUACAAUUGUUAUAUAAAUAUGUGUGAAAUAAUAGUUUGACAAACGUUAUGCCAAAAUAAUGGUACUGGUUUUUUAAGUGUACUUGUCAUAGUAAAUGAAAACAAUCAUGUAUUUCGGUAGGAGAAAUUUGUAUUACCAAAAUUACCCUUUCUUCUCGGCCUUUGGAUACCCACAGCAACAGGAGGAGCAGCAACAGAGGUCAUACACCCACGCCACCCUCGCCGCCCACGCCAAGCUCCGAGCCUACAGGAUCUCUCAGCUCUCUCAGCUUCAGUCACAGCUGCAACCACAGCUGCAACCUCAGCUGCAACCACAGCUGCAACCACAGCUGCAACCUCAGCUGCAACCACAGCUGCAACCACAGUUACAGCCACAUUUACAGGCACAGUUACAAGCAGAGAGCCAGCACCAGCCACAACUACAGUUGUCUGAUCCCACACCUGGCUGUGAUGACAUUGUAUAUUCACCAGUUGUCUGA